GCCUGCGGGACGCCAGCGCCGCCGGAGCGUUGCCCUUUUAAGCUGUGGCCCCACACUCGCCUCCUCCCCGGCUCCCGGAGGGGCUCCGGCAGCCGGCACCGACCGAGCGACACCGAGCGACACCGAGGAGCGGAGAGCGGGCAGCGCGGAGCCCCAGGGCGGCCAGCGGGCUGCCCCUGCCUGCCCCGCUGCUCGGGGACCAUGGGAUGCUGCACCGGCCGCUGCACCCUCAUCUUCCUCUGCACUUUGCAGCUGCUGGCUGCACUAGAGAGGCAAGUGUUUGACUUCCUGGGCUACCAGUGGGCUCCUAUCCUGGCCAACUUCCUGCACAUCAUCAUCGUCAUCCUGGGGCUCUUCGGCACCAUCCAGUACCGACCUCGCUACAUCGUGGUGUAUGCCAUCUGGACUGCAGUCUGGGUCACCUGGAACAUCUUCAUCAUCUGCUUUUACUUAGAAGUGGGAGGGCUCUCAAAGGACAGCGAGCUCCUGACGUUCAACAUCUCCCGACACCAGUCCUGGUGGAGUGAAAAUGGCCCUGGCUGUGUGAGGAAGGAGGCUUCAAUGUCUGGCAUCAAGGGGCUGGAUAACCAUUCCUACAUCUCUGUCAUUGGCUGUGCCCUGGAGUACCGCUACAUCGAGGUCAUGCACAGCUCCUUCCAGAUCCUCAUCGCGCUGGUGGGCUUUGUGUACGCCUGUUACGUGGUUAGUGUUUUUACAGAAGAAGAAGACAGCUUUGAUUUCAUUGGUGGAUUUGAUCCAUUUCCUCUCUACCAUGUCAAUGAAAAACCCACCAACCUUUUGUUCAAGCAGACAUACCUGCCUGCGUAAGUGAAGAGGAGCCAGAGGAUGGACAAACCUUGCACUCCACCAAAGGUGCUGCAGGAGCAGUCCCCUGGGGCCUGGAUCUUUGGCAGAGGAAAUGCAGGAUGGUGAACUCCAUUCCAUUUUUUUGUUCCUUGUCUCUUUUUCAAACGCAAUGAAUGUACAUCAAAGAACAGCCACACCGUUGGUUUUUAAUUCUCCAAGUGCCCUGACGAACCUUUCCUACCACAGUCUGCUGGUACUGGCCCAGAAAUGGCACAGGCCUAAAGACCUCUGGCAGAACAAGUUCACCAAGAGCCUCUCUCAAGAGCUACAAGUCGAAGUUGGAGCUGCUUCCUUGCACCAUGGAUCCAGACAGAAGGAAGCACUGCAUAACACCCUGGGACAUUCCAUACGUUCUGUAGUUAGUGUCCUCCCCUUUUCCUGAGCACAGCCUAAACCCCUAACACAGCUUCAUCUCCUCCCUGCCUGUAUAAAAUGAGGUGGGAGCUCUUUACACUCGAGUUACUUAGGCAUUGUUGGGUUCUAAGUUAUAGAUGAGAACUUGUCCCUCCUUCACCCCCAGCCGUUGCUCGUUCUCUUAGACAUGGCAGUAGCAUUUGUCCUGGAGUUCAGUGUUCUGUGCCCUAACUCCUGCAAUGCUCAGCAGCUGAAACUAGCACAGCCACUUCACUCAGCAUGCAGCUUCACCCUGUUUCAACCAGCCAAGCCAUUCUUGGAGCAGCUGUAGCUUACUCUGGGUCUGCCCAGUUACAUUAAAUUAACCCUGGUGGAGCUGAACCCUGCUGCAGGCCCCUGGAAAAGGCUCAGCUCCUCAUGGAGCACAGCUGGGUCUGCACCUGCCUUCACCUACAGCCACACCUAUUCCAUGGUAACAGCCUGAGUUUUGUUUGUGACAGGCUUUUUGAGGGGAGGGAAAGGGCUGAAGGGGGAAUGUCAGUGUAAUUAAGUUGCAUUAAUGAGCUGCAGCAAUUAAUUAAAAAGAACAAAACCAAGUCAGUUUUGUUAGCUGUGUCUCCCAGCAUGUUGAGUGUCAAAAGCAGAGGAGGAGCAGUUGUCAGCCAGCCCUGGCAUUUUUUGGGCUGGUACUUCAAGUGCUGUUGUAAUUCAUUAUUGUCUUGCCUAAUUUGUUUGGGAUUACUUGGUAUUUUUUGAGAAAUGCUUUUGAGAAGGGUCAAGCUAGAAGCCAUGCUAGGGAGAAGCCUGAGGGAAGAAUUAAAAAAAAAUAAAAACAUUAAGUGCUAAAUCAAA